UAACUGGAAAAAAAAUGUCUAAAGUGAAUACGCUUUUCAAUUACUUUAAGUCACCUAAAGCCGACAAGCAGGCUGCGAACAAAGUUUCUAGUCCUAAAGCAGAUUCUCCCAAAGUGAAGGAUAGACCAAGACGAAAGGUAGGGCAGAAGAGAGACAAAGAAAACGCGAAUGAUGAAAACCAAAAAACUCCAACGCGUAAACAGGCAAGAAAGUCUGUAACCCCCACAAGCAGAAAGAGAUCAUCAAAAACUGAGGAAGAUGAGUCUACCCGUCCUAAGAAAAGGAGAUUGGUAAUACCGUCAGACAACAGUGACGAGUCUGGGGACGAAUUCAAGCCUGAUGAAGAUGAAGAAAGUUCAUCAGAGGCUUCUUUAUCUGAAGUUGACAGUGAGUCAGAAGAUCUAUCUUCUGCGGUUGACAGCGAUGAAGAAACUCCAAAGAAAAAAUCGAAUGCCAGGUCAAAGAAGCCUGCCUCCAAAACAAAUGGUCGUGGAAAAACCUUGGAGAAAUCCGAAACAAAAACCAAUCCAUCCAGCCAAUCUAGUGGUGGUGCGAAUAAUACAGAAUGGAGUCAUCUGAAAUACGAUUUUCUUCAGCCAAAUAAAAUAAAGGAUAUACACAAAAGACCUCCAACAGAUCCAAAUUAUGAUCCAAAGACACUUUUUGUGCCACAUGAAUUCAAAAUAAAUCAAACUCCGGCAAUGAAACAGUGGUGGGAAAUGAAAUGCAAGAAUUUCGAUUGCGUGUUAUUUUUCAAAGUUGGAAAAUUUUAUGAAUUAUAUCAUAUGGAUGCGGUAACUGGUGUUAAUGAGAUUGGUUUAUCUUAUAUGCGUGGCGAGUUCGCUCACUCAGGAUUUCCGGAAAUAGCGUAUGGCCGUUUCGCAUCAAGCUUGAUCGAAAAAGGAUACAAAGUAGCAAGAAUUGAACAGACUGAAAAUCCAGAAAUGAUGUCUGCGCGAGUUAGUAAGAUGUCUCAUGUCACCAAAUUUGACAAAGUGGUAAAGAGAGAAAUCUGCCAAAUUAGUAGCAAGGGUACCAGAGUGUUUACAGCGCAGGAUGUUGAUCCAAAUUCAGCCACUUCGAGUUACCUUCUAUCAAUAGUAGAGAAGUCUGAUCCAUCUUCGAUUAUAUCAAUCUAUGGUGUCUGUUUCAUCGAUACUUCUAUCGGAGAUUUUCAUCUCGGUCAGUUCCAAGAUGAUCGCCAUAGUUCCAGACUACUAACUCUCGUCUCACAUUACCCUCCAUGUCAGAUUAUAUAUGAACGAGGUGGUCUGUCAGAGCGAACGAAUAAAAUUUUGAACACUGCCUUAGCCACUGCAUUGAAAGAAUCACUGCAAAAGGAAACACAAUUUUGGUCCGCAUCUACUACUCUGAAAAAUCUACAUGAAGGAGACUAUUUCAAAUCAGAGACGAAUUCGGAUUUCUCAUGGCCAGAGGGUUUGAAGCCGUACCUGAGCCCAGGUGAUAGCCUGGGUUUAACAGCGGCAGAUGGGGCAGAAUUAGCUGUGUCCGCUCUGGGUGGCUGCGUAUACCACCUGAAAGCAUCCUUCAUAGAUCAGCAACUACUUGCGCAGUGUCGUUUUGAGACAUGGACUCCUCCGGAUGACCAAGAUCAUCGUAAAUCAGGAAAACUUGCCAACAACAUGGUACUAGAUGCUAUUACUAUCAACAAUCUAAGAGUUCUCGAUGGAGCUGGUUCACUCAUUAGAACGUUAGAUCACUGCUGUACACCAUUUGGUAAAAGGUUAUUACGGGAAUGGAUCUGUAGACCGUCGUGUCGUAAAUUUGAGAUUAUUCAACGCCAAGAGGCUAUUUCUGACCUAAUGGAGCAGAUGGAAGCUAUGCAAAAUGUUCGUCGAAUUUUGGGGUCCCUUCCAGAUCUGGAAAGAUUGCUAAGCAAAAUACAUGCCCAGGGAAAUUUUGUGAAAGGACAAAAUCAUCCAGAUUCAAGAGCCAUCAUGUAUGAGAGUAAAACUUAUUCGAAGCGCAAGAUCCUGGACUUUACAAACGUACUCCAAGGGUUCGAAGAAGCUUUGAAUAUUGUCGAUUCCUUUGCUGGUGCUAAAAGUAGUUUGUUGAAUCGAUGUACUAAGCACGCACCGGAAGGUGAUUUUCCUGCACUCGAGGAAAUGCUCAACCACUUCAAGACGGCAUUUGAUCAAGAAGAAGCCAAAAAGGAAGGGUGCAUUAUACCAAAACGUGGAGUUGACUCUGAAUAUGACGCUGUACUGGACGAGUUAGCUUCCUUGAAAGAAGAUCUGAACGAGUAUCUAGAAUCACAGAGAAAACAUUUCGGAGUAAAAGUGAACUAUUUUGGCAGUGAUAAGAAACGUUAUCAAAUUGAGGUUCCUGAAUCUCAAUUAAGAAAAGUGACCACUGAAUAUGAACUUCAGUCGCAACGCAAAGGCUUCAAACGUUACUUCACCCCAGAAACUAAAGAGUUUUUAGCUCGACAGAUUGCUGUCGAAAACAACAAAGACAAAGUCCUCAAGGAUAUCAGUCGGAGGAUAUUCGCGAAAUUCAGUGAGAAAUAUGAUAUGUGGUGCAGUGCUGUCUACCAGCUGGCUACACUCGAUGUUCUUACAUCAUUUGCUGAAUAUUCUCAGAGCGGAGAGAUGUCUGUUCCUAUAAUAGAAGAUGCAACGAAUGAAAAACCUGCUUUUAUUGAGAUAAGAGACGGUAGACACCCCUGCGUUACAUCUGACGACUUUAUUCCCAACGACACCAUGCUCGGAACCGAAGGAUCUGCCUCUCUUGUUAUUCUAACUGGACCCAAUAUGGGAGGAAAGUCAACACUUAUGCGACAAGUUGGGCUGCUCACGAUCAUGGCGCAAAUUGGUUGUCACAUUCCUGCAAGUUCAUGCCGGUUAACGUUAGUGGAUCGGAUUUUCACUCGGCUGGGUGCCAAUGACGACAUAUUAGGAGGUCAAAGUACAUUCUUAGUCGAACUCAGUGAAACUGCUACUAUACUACAACACGCCACGCCGAAUUCAUUGGUGCUCGUUGAUGAACUGGGUCGAGGUACUUCAACUUAUGAUGGAACAGCUAUUGCUGCAGCGGUAGUUGGAGCUCUGAAGGAUUUAAAAUCACGCACCUUAUUCUCGACGCAUUAUCACUCCCUGGUAGAAGACUAUAAAUCUGAUGAAAACGUUAGCCUCAGUCACAUGGCGUGUAUGGUAGAAACCGAAGAGGAAGAGGAAGUGUCUCAAGAAACUGUCACAUUUUUGUACAAACUCAGCAAAGGUGCUUGCCCAAAGUCUUAUGGGUUCAACGCAGCCCGCUUAGCUGGAAUUCCAUCUAAUAUCACCCUGAAAGCUCACGAGAUCGCUAGCAAGUUGGAGAGCGAAGUAAACCAGAGAUAUUGCUUUACCGCUCUUUGCAAAGGUAACAAAAGUGAAUCAAACGAUCUGAUCUCCUCUUUAAAGUUACUUCAUGUGAAGUAAACGUCGCAUGCUUUUGUUUAAUACACUGUCAAACUUUUGCUCCCUAUGCGUAUGAAGUUUUCAGUAUUAUUUUUUAUUACCUUCUAUAUUUUAAGAUAUUCACGUAUGUUGGGGGAUCGUUUGUCGCGACGACCGGUUUAAUUAUUUUGCAUCCGGAAUUCACGUUGAUUUUCAUGUAUUGUUAUUUCAUAUUAUUUUUUUGCCAAUUCUGGAUUAUUUGAACAUUUCGUGUUUACAUUAUCAUCUGAUGGGAAGUGUACCAGUGUAUGUUUGUUGGCGAAAAUGUUAUAUUGAAAAAAAAAAAUCCAAAUGAUAAUUCCAUCUGUAAUAGUACAAAAUAGUUGAUAAAUGAAAACUAAUACCUGUCACAGUUUUUCAGCAAGCCAAAAAAUUUGUACACCAUGUUAAAUUUGAUACGAAUUAAACUAUAAUACUAAUUUUCUCCAAUGAAGUAUAGAUAGGAGGCGCCAUUCACAAAUUGUAAAAUGCGUUAAGUUUAUUAUGUAUUUCAAAUUCGCAAAUAUUUCAAAUGCUUCGAUAUUAUAUAUUUUGUUCUAUGAUUACGUUUGUAAUAAAUUUUUCUGAAAA